ACCUUAGAAGCUGCCUGAUUAAACCAUUUCAACUAACUUAGAAUCAUACCAUCCAAAUGGCACUGCAUGCCGCUACAUUUAUUGCAUUGCUAUUUAGUAGUAUUUGAGGCACAACGAUAACGACGAUAACAACAUUCAGCGGUACGGUACUGGAAGAAACCUUGAAUUCAUCAAUGCAACCGAGACAUACCUACAUGUCAACAGUGCAUGUAAUUCACCAUCUCCAGUAUGCCGAGUAGUCAACGUGCCACAAGCCCCCCUAGACGGAAGCGGGCAUGCGCGCCGUGCACCAAAGCCAAGGCGCGUUGCUAUUUUGAAGGUGAUAAGGCUGAUGAUGGUUGCGAGAGAUGUCGGCGGAUGAAUACCGCUUGUAUUCCACAGGCAACUAGGAUACUGAGGAAAUCCCGACAAUUAAAGGGUGUAAGCUCAGCACCUCCCUCGACUUCUAGCCACAAUGGCCACCAUCCUUCGCCAGUCCUUGGUAGAUAUGGGCAUGUUCUGCCAGGGACUAGUCCUUUUGGCGGAGUUGAGAACCACACCUCUAGUGAUAGCACGACAUCUUCUCCUGCCUCUAUUAUAGCUCGAGAGGGUUCCACGCAUAAUAUAGUAGCCACGAUUGAGCCUAUAUGUGGCUAUCGGAGUUCGUCAGGACAAGCCAACCCCGUAUCUCAUCUACCGCCAACCCCGCCAACCUUCUCUCCUAAGAAGCCACUGCAACCAGGCUUUGGGAUAACUUGGGAUCAAGCUGAGCAAGCAAUAGCUGACUUUAGAACCAAGUUCACACCAUUCUUCCCCUUUGUCGUUCUCGACCCACGAGUUUCUCCCCAGGAAAUAUUAUCGAAGAAGCCUCUCCUUUUUCGAGCCAUCAUGCUGAUUGCUGUUCCACUCACUCUCGCGAAACGAAAGGAAAUUGAAAGAAGCAUGCUUGCCUACAUAGGCCAGCAUUUGCUAGUCAUGGACGAGCGGGACCUGGGCCUGCUCCAAGGUGUGCUAGUUUUCGUGGCCUGGAACAUCGAAGACUUUUACUUAGACCAGAAACAUACCUCUUUAAUCUAUCUCGCAAUGGGCUACGCUCAUAAACUCGGAAUAAGUCGACCCCCACUGACAAUGCAGCAAAAGAUGAUGUUAGCAGUCGAUCCAAGAGACAUCAAAGAAGCUAUGAUAGGGCAUGCCUUGACUUCGGUCAUGGAAGAAUCACAUACUCCCGAAGAACAACGUAUUUUUCUGGGUUGCCAGUUUCUCUUCUCAGCGAACGCGACACAGUUCUUACGAAAUGGGGUGCUUAAGGGGGAUUACCUCAAUUGCUGCCUCAAUUCACUCACCCGCCCUUCGGAUCCAGGCACGGAUUUUAUGCUAGAAAAAAUCAUCAGAUUUCAGCAAAUUGUUGAGCAAAUAUCGGAGAUCCGUAUGGAUCGCUAUCGGGAAUUCACUAUGUCCAUUAGCAACGAGAUGCAAUCUAUUCGGAAUCAACUCGACGGGCUUUUUUCCAACGUGCCUCGAGAGCAUCAACAAUUCGUUCUUUUCUCAGCUAUUUAUAACCAUGCCCUGGUCCGGCUAUAUCUGCCAGCAUCGAACCUAUCUCCGCCAUCGGAUAUGGUCGCCGCGCAAGAACAACGAGGAUGCAUGCUCUAUUGCCUACAAGCAACAAAAUCAUUCUUGGAUACAAUACAGUCGAUAAGCCCGGAGGGCUUUCUAUAUCGAACCUUUUUGACAUUUUCUGACAUUUUCUUCGUCCUAGUGGCGGCCUCGCGACUCCUUCUCGUGGAAAUCGAGGGCUGGGAUCUUGACGAGGCGCGAGCAACGAUCGACUUCCCAUCGACCUUAGAGAGCAUCAUUUCCAAAUUCAUGGUGGUUGUUAGCGUGCAGGAACAGAAGGUGGCGGAAGCGGCGGCUGCGCAGGGAGUAAAGCUGCCGCCAAAAAACCCCAAGGACGAAGAGGAGAAUAGUUUCUCCAAGUACGCGACGAAACUCGAAUGGAUAAAAAAUUGGUUCGAGAUCCACGUGUCUACGGGAUGUGCUGUCUCGAACGACACCCAGACGAUGAAUGGCCCCAGCUAUUGGGCCCCUGAGAACCAGACAUGGAAUCCGUUCAUGUUCGGAUUUCUGGGUGAUGACAAUUUAAACAUAGAGUUUUAGAAUUGGCGUUUGCUUUUAUAGAUUUAUAACUAAUGCUUAGAUGAAUCAUACCUACGAGAUGCCUACCUAGAAGGUAUGCUCUACAUGUACAUAUAGACAUCCAUCUCCAACGACGUCGUGGGUAAGUUCAAUAGCAUGCCUGACAUAACUAGUUUGCGACCUCGGGGAGCUAAUAUAUAUGUGUGUGUAGCACAAAUAUGUGCCUACAUAUGUGAACUUCGGCGGGAAUACCUGUAUUAAAGCCAGGCUAGAGGUUAUUGGGCAAUUCGGUUUGUAUGAUCCACCCCCUUGGAGUUUAGGACCUGCCGAUGGACGAAUCAGGGCUUCGAUGAUUGAAUAGGGUGUGGUAUCAUCGGACCUACGUUUGUCUCAUGUCGCCUUUCCCAGGCCAGGAGCUGAAGUUGGGUUCGGGAAUGUCGGCCCCAAAAGAUCGGCCUAUAAUGUAUGUACAGUAACUAUAGCGCACCUGACAGAUAAAAGAUUUUCUUUUCUGCUUUCUUUGUUG